AUGUCGCAACCACCAACCUCAUCUACAAUGGAGCAUUGUGAGAUCUCGCUACACCCCUGGCCAUCAUCUCAAUCUGCAGCCGGCUUUCAGCAAUCAGUCUCAUCUGCAGUUGACCAGGAUGGGAUUCUCCAACAUCCUCAGCCAUCAACUUCAUCUACAUUGACGCACAUUCCACAAAAUGAUCAUUUGUCUUCUGUCGUAUCACGUCAUGCAUAUUAUUCAUCAUCGUCAGAAUCAGAGCCUUUCCAGGAUUCAGGAGAAACCUACGUCCCUUCCAAAGACGAGCAAGAUAGUCUAUCAGAGGAUGAACAAUCUACUGAGUCCAGCGGCGAUGAUGAGAGUAUCGAAGUCCAGUCCUAUGGAAAUGUUGAUGCCGCUGCAGAUCAAUGGGAACCAUGCAGAGAUAUACCCCUCAACUUCCAAUAUACAGGAAAUGGUCGCAUAAAGGAUCUGUUAAACGAAGGACGCACGCUCUAUAUUGAUAACUUCUAUACAAGUGUCCAGUUAUGUAAGGCUCUUUUGAACUGUAAGACUUACGUUUGCGGCACAGUCAGACAAAAUAGAAAGGGAAACCCACCCACAGUUUGCAAAAAAAAGCUUCGGAAGGGAGAGGUAUUUGGACAACAGAAUCAGAAUGGAAUUAGAGUGAUGAAAUGGUUAGACAAACGUCCUGUCUUGAUGAUCAGCACGUGCCCAAGCCACCAGGCAGAACUCAAGGCAACGGGAAAGAAAACUAGAAAAGGAGAAGACACCUUCAAGCCUCAAGCAGUCAUUGAUUACAAUAAUGCUAAGAAAGGAGUCGACAUUUCAGACCAAAUGUCCAGCUAUUAUACCUGUAUCAGAAAAAGUAUCAAGUGGUAUAAAAAAGUAUUCUUUGAAAUACUGCUUGGCACAUGCAUGGUGAACUCGUGGGUGAUUUACAAUUACUAUGGCAGAAAUGCGAAAAAACUUUCUAUGCUGCAGUUUCGUGAACAAGUUGCAAGGGGCUUGUUGGAGGAAGAAGACAUUGAAGAAAAUAUAGAACCUGAAGAUAUUGCCGCUAACGUGCCCGAACAAAGAGCGACAAGGAGACCUCGAGCUACUAGCUGA